UUGCUGCGACGCGGACCUACGGACACAUCUAACAAGGCGGUAAAAUCCCGGUGCCAUCGGAUUUUCCUGUCGUUUCCGGCGAUCUCUCUCCGGCCAAGCCAUAUCUGAUUCUUCGAACCCGGAACUCAACGCUCCUACCAGGCCGGACUUUCUACCUCCGAUUCUCCAAGUUACAUUUAAUCGCUUACUUGGUUAUUCGCUCAAACAUCUUUGUCGCUCGCUGUUUUCACUGAAUACAUAUAAGCUAUGUGGCGGAGGUCAAUUCUGGAAUUAUCAUCUCGUCAAUCUGUUGGAAGGACUCCGAGGAAUAUUUCACCCCAGGUGCAAUGUUGGCAUACAUCCCCGUGUAUUUCUACAAGAAGGGAAUUUUCAUCUCAAAAUCCAAAACCACAACUUACAAAUGGGCCACCUAAGUCUGGAAAUUCCUUCCCAAAAGUUGUCUUUGGCAGUGUUGUUGUUGGUGCUGCUGUUUUUGCAGCUUAUCAAACUGGCUAUCUAGACCAACUAACGGGUGGUAAAGAGCAGAAUCGAUCUGUAGAGUCAACUAAGACAGUUGUUCAGAAAAGUGAUUCAGACAAUGUCCAACCUUUGGUGGUGCAGAAAUCGGAUUCAUCCAGUAGAGAAGAAACCAAACCAUUGAAUAGUGUUACAGAAGAAACUGAGAGCUUAAAUCCCAUUGUGGAGUCCACUGAGCAGACGGUCAACACAGAUGGCCACCUUCCUCAUCUUGAAGCUUCGGGCGAAGAGCAAGAUGGUAGUCAGUUUCAAGACAGUUCCAGGACAAUGCCACAUGAAAAUACCGAGGAGGAAAACUUGCCAGAAUUCAGACAAAGCAUCAGUGAAGUAGAGGACAAGAAUCUAGAAUCUAAAACAUUCACAGAUGUAAAUUUGGACAUGCAAAGCACGGAGUCUAGUACUAGGGAUCAGCCUCAUGAGGAAGUUCAAUCCACACCAAUGUCUAGCAAGAUCGAUGCAGCACCUGAACAAAUUGAUGUCAGAAUACCACCACAAGAAGAUACAAGUGCAGAAGCCAAACUGAAGGAGUUGAAUGAUACAGGUGAAGCUAUAGAGCAGCCAUGUUCUCUUCUUGAGGCAUACCAGUUGAAGGACGAGGCUGGCAUGACUUCCUUGGGUGGUGAUGGCAAAGAUAAAAGUAACAAGUUUUACAAAGAAACAGAGGCUUUAAUUGCUGAAAUUGAGGAGUUAAAUGAUGGCUACAUAUCCAAGGAUGGGAAAUUGGUAAUUGAUUUCUUACAAGCUAUUCAUGCUGCUGAAAAGAGGCAAGCUGAGCUGGAUUACCGUGUUUUUUCUGAUGAAAUGAGGGCAUUGAAGGAAAAGAUGGAAAAAGAAUUGAGGGAUGCUCGGGCUAGGGAACUAAUGCAUGCAGAAGAGGCUGCUAUAUUGGACAAGGAGUUAAAAAGAGAAAGAACAAAAGCAGCUGCUGCUCUGAAGUCACUUCAAGAGAAAUUGGAAGAAAAAUUUCAGAAGGAACUUGAACAGAAGGAAAAUGAGGAAGAAUUGAAGUUGAGGAAACUUCAAGAUAUUGCAAAAGCAGAGUUAGCUGCGGCAAUUGCGAGUGAGAAGGCUGCCCAAAUAGAAAAGAUAGCCGAAGCAAAUCUUCAUAUAAAUGCCCUGUGCAUGGCAUUCUAUGCAAGGUCUGAAGAAGCUCGUCAUAGUCACUCUGCUCAGAAGCUAGCAUUGGGGGCACUGGCACUUGAAGACGCUCUUUCAAGAGGUUUACCAAUCCAGGCUGAAAUAGAGGCUUUACGCCUUGAUCUUCAAGGCAUCGACAAAGAUUCAAACUUAGAGCUGGUCCUUUCAUCCAUUCCUAAAGAAAUAUUGAAUCAUGGCUCAGAUACUUUGUUACAAAUAACACAAAAGUUUGAUGCGCUAAAAGCACCAUUACGGCACUUGAGCUUGAUCCCACCUGGUGGCGGUGGCAUUUUGGCGCAUUCUUUAGCUUAUGUAGCAUCCUCGAUUAAGGUGAGGGAGGUCGAUCAAUCUGGUACUGGGAUUGAAUCUAUCAUCAACCGAGUGGAGUCCUACUUGGCUGAAGGAAACUUGGCCGAAGCAGCACAUUCUCUGGAAGAAGGUGUUAAAGACACAAAAGCAGAAGAGAUAGUUCAUGAUUGGGUAAGGCAAGCAAGAAAUCGAGCCAUCACGGAGCAAGCCCUUACCUUGCUUCAACUAUAUGCCUUAUCAAUCAGCCUUACUUAAGACCUCAAAGUAAUUUGCCAUCCCUGUCGCUGGUAUGCAAGCACUGGUUGUGCUUUUUUGGUACUAUAUAUUUGUUAGCUGCAUGUCGAAUCUCUUCGUGGAGUUACCCAGGGAAAAAAGAACAUGAGUUUUCAAGUAACGGGAAUGCACAAUUCCUGGAUAGCACCAUUCUUUCUGUAUUGACCUUAAUAAAAAAAAAUUAAGAACUUUUUUUACUUUGGCUGCAGCGCCAGGAGAAGCAACUGCAGCCAUUCGGGCACUUUUGAGAAGGCCAAACUAAAAUUUGCAACCUUUUGUCGAAGUGGGUUAAUUGCAAAUCCCUGGUUCUUGUUUUCAGUGAGAAGCUCUUUUACUGCUUGGUUUCGAAAUGCUUUGCUUUUUCUUAA